UCUGGGUAGGAGAAUAGAGAAGCAGCUCAGAGUUGUGCGGAUCAGGACUUGAGGGCUUCAGGGAGAGGUGGCUGCCUUUUGCCCUCUUUCCUGCAUGACCUCAGUUGUUGGCUAGUCCUAGGAAAGCAAGUGGGAAACCCUCUCUCUUCUCUAUUCUUGUGGGGCUGGGUAGCUGUCCCAGGACUUCAACCUCUCUGUUGGGGGCUGUAGGACGAGCCACGGGGACAAGUUCUUCAAAGGAGAAACCAACCACUUCCACCCAGGACGUAGCCUUGGUUCAGACAACUGCUAGCAGGUGGGAAUGAGAUCCAGAAACCAAGCGGGUGAAAGUUCAUCGAAUGGGCACAUCUCCUGCCCGAAGUCCUCCAUCAUCAGCAAUGAGGAUGAUAAAAGACUCUCUGAAGAAGCGAAAAAGAAGAACAAAUCAAAUAGGAAGGAGGAAGACGUCAUGGCUUCAGGAACUGUCAAACGACAUCUCAAGACAUCUGGAGAAAGUGAGCGAAAGCCUAAGAAAUCUCUGGAGUUAUCUAGAGAGGAUCUCAUCCAGCUCCUCAGCAUCAUGGAAGGGGAACUGCAGGCCAGGGAAGAUGUGAUCCAUAUGUUGAAGACAGAGAAAACCAAGCCCGAGGUUCUGGAGGCUCAUUACGGUUCUGCGGAGCCCGAGAAAGUUCUGCGAGUGCUGCAUCGCGAUGCCCUCCUGGCUCAGGAGAAGUCCAUAGGAGAAGAUGUCUAUGAGAAACCCAUCUCAGAGCUGGACAGGCUGGAGGAGAAGCAGAGGGAGACAUAUCGGCGCAUGCUUGAGCAGCUGCUGCUGGCCGAGAAGUGUCACCGGCGCACGGUGGACGAGCUGGAGACGGAGAAGCACAAGCACACGGACUACAUGAACAAGAGCGACGACUUCACCAACCUGCUGGAGCAGGAGCGGGAGAGGCUGAAAAAGCUGCUUGAACAAGAAAAGGCUUACCAGGCUCGCAAGGAGAAAGAAAACGCCAAGCGACUCAAUAAACUCAGAGACGAGCUGGUGAAACUCAAGUCGUUUGCGCUCAUGCUGGUGGAUGAGAGGCAGAUGCACAUCGAACAGCUGGGCCUGCAAAGCCAGAAGGUCCAAGACCUCACUCAGAAACUGCGAGAAGAGGAAGAAAAGCUCAAAGCCAUCACCUCCAAAUCCAAAGAAGACAGACAGAAACUACUCAAGUUGGAGGUGGACUUCGAACACAAGGCUUCCAGGUUCUCUCAGGAGCAUGAAGAGAUGAAUGCUAAGUUGGCCAACCAGGAGUCUCACAACAGACAGCUCCGACUCAAGCUGGUGGGCCUGUCUCAAAGAAUCGAGGAGCUUGAAGAGACCAAUAACAACCUCCAAAAGGCCGAGGAAGAACUGCAGGAGCUCAGGGAUAAGAUCGCCAAAGGAGAAUGCGGCAACUCCAGCCUCAUGGCAGAGGUGGAAAACCUCCGGAAGCGGGUGCUGGAAAUGGAGGGUAAAGAUGAGGAAAUCACAAAAACCGAGUCCCAGUGCAGAGAGCUGCGGAAGAAACUCCAGGAGGAGGAGCACCACAGCAAGGAGCUCAAGCUGGAAGUGGAGAAACUGCAGAAGAGGAUGUCCGAACUGGAGAAGCUGGAAGAAGCGUUCAGCAGGAGUAAAUCUGAGUGCUCCCAGCUCCACCUGAACCUGGAGAAAGAGAAGAACUUAAGCAAAGACCUGCUGAACGAGCUGGAGGUGGUGAAGCAUCGCGUGAAGGAGCUGGAGGAUUCCGAGGGUCGCCUGGAGAAGGCCGAGCUGGGCCUCCGCGAGGAUCUGACCAAGCUGAAGUCCUUCACCGUGAUGCUGGUGGACGAGAGGAAAAACAUGAUGGAGAAGAUAAAGCAAGAAGAGAGGAAAGUGGAUGGCCUCAACAAGAAUUUCAAGGUGGAGCAGGGCAAGGUGAUGGACGUCACGGAAAAACUCAUCGAAGAGAGCAAGAAGCUGUUGAAACUGAAGUCGGAGAUGGAAGCCAAGGUGUCCGGCCUGAGGAAGGAGAGGGACGAGCUGGUGGGCAAACUGAAGAGCGAACAGGAGAGAUCCUCGGCCCUGAGCGGCAGCGUGGAGCUGCUGCAGAAGAGGCUGGACGGCCUAGAGGAAGUGGAGAGAGAGCUGGCCCGGGGGAGGGCGCGCAAAGGGCCUGAGCUCACCGGCCCCGAAGAUAACAAGAUCCGAGAACUCACGCUGGAGAUCGAGAGGCUGAGGCAGCGGCUGCAGCAGCUGGAGGUGGUGGAGGGCGAUCUGAUGAAGACGGAGGACGAGUAUGAUCAACUGGAACGGAAAUUCCGCACGGAGCAGGACAAGGCCAACUUCCUGUCGCAGCAGCUGGAGGAGAUCAAGCACCAGAUGGCGAAGAACAAAGCCGUGGAGAAAGGCGAGGCGGCCAGCCAGGAGGCGGAGCUGCGCCACCGCUUCCGGCUGGAGGAGGCCAAGAGUCGAGACCUGAAAGCCGAGGUCCAGGCGCUGAAAGAGAAGAUCCACGAGCUGAUGAACAAGGAGGACCAGCUCGCCCAGCUGCAGGUGGAUCACUCGGUCCUGCAGCAGAGGUUCCUGGAGGAGGAGACCAAGAACAAGAGCCUGGGCCAGGAGGUGCUGGGCCUCACCAAAGAGCUGGAGCUCUCCAGGCGCUACGGCCGCGCGCUGCGGCCCAGCGGGGCCGGGCGCAGGAUGGUGGACGUGCCGGUGGCGUCCACGGGCGUCCAGACGGACGCGGUGGGCAGCGAAGCCGUCGAGGACGAGACGCCGGCCGUCUUCAUCCGGAAGUCCUUCCAAGAGGAAAACCACAUCAUGAGUAACCUGAGACAGGUGGGGCUGAAGCGGAACCCCGAGCGGGCCGCCUCCGUCCUCGACCGCUACCCACCCGCCGCCAACGAGCUGGCCCUGCGCAAGUCGUGGAUCCCGUGGAUGCGCCGGCGGGAGGGCGGCGCCCCGACGGCGGGGACGGCGGCGGCGGGGGCGCCCCGGGCCGGGCACUCCGGGGAGCUGGUCGUGUCCCCCAAGCAGGGCCAGCCGCUGCACAUCCGCGUGACCCCCGAUCACGAGCACAGCACGGCCACCCUGGAGAUCACCAGCCCCACGUCGGAAGAGUUCUUCUCCAGCACCACCGUCAUCCCCACCCUGGGCACCCAGAAGCCCAGGAUCACCAUCAUCCCGUCCUCCAACAUCCUGGCUCAGAGAUCCAAGGGCGCCGAGGCCGCGCUGGGCCCCGAGCGGGCCGUGUCGCCCGUCACCAUCACCACCUUCUCCCGGGAGAAGCCCCCCGACGGCGCCCGAGGCUCCGCGGCCGAGCGCGCCGCGUCCCCGGUGCAGAUCGUCACGGUGUCCACGUGCGCGGCGGCGCCCGGGCCGGGCGAUGGAGCGCCGGCGGCGGCGGCGGCGGCGGCGGCGCCCGGGCCCGCGGACGCCGCCCUGGGGAGGACCGUGCUCAGGGUCACGCCCGAGAAGCCCGCGGCGCCCGCGCCCGCGCGCAAGUUCAACGCCAACGCCAACAUCAUCACCACCGAGGACAACAAGAUCCACAUCCACCUGGGCUCGCAGUUCAAGCGCAGCCCUGGCGCCGCCGACGCCGCCUCCGCCAGCCCCGUCAUCACCGUCCGCCCCGUCGGCGGUGGCGUGGCCGCCGAGAAGGAGGCGCCCACGGGCACCGUCCUCCGCGCUCCCCGGGGCCACGGGGCCCGGGCCGGAGCCGCCAAACUCACCAGCACCAUCACCAUCACUCCCGUCACCGCCUCCUCCACCCGGGGCACGGUGUCUGCGUCAGUACAAGAUGGGUCUUGCCAGCGGCCUACACCCACCCGCAUUCCCGUGUCAAAAGGUAUGAAAUCAGGAAAGCCGGUAGUGGCAGCCCCAGGAGCAGGAAAUCUGACCAAAUUCGAGCCUCGGGCUGAGACUCAGUCUAUGAAAAUAGAGCUGAAGAAAUCGGCAGCCAGCAGCGCUACCUCUCUCGGAGGGGGAAGGGCAGAGGGCAGUAGCUGAGGGGGUAUGUCACGCAGAUGCUUCCGCUGCCUGCAUGCCUGUGAAAACCAGCCUUCUGUCUGUGCCCACACUUGAUGUGUGCUAACUGAAGUCCGAAGCCUCUUGUUUGUAAAAUAACCAACUAAUAGCCAUGUGCUUUUCUUCUUUGUGCAUUUGUUUUGAUGCGGGGGAGAGGAACAGAAUGGCUGUUUGUGGUGUGGUUUAUUAGGGUUGCCUGGCUAGGAGCCUGGCCUGGCUUUUAAUC